AUGGCAAAGUAUAACGACAAAGAGCAGCCCGAGUGGAGAUACUCAAUCAACCUCAAUACAGUUAUCGCCGUUUUGGCCACCAUACUGCGAUCAUGUAUGGUGGUCGUAACAGAAGAAGUCAUUAGCCAAUUGAAGUGGUUGUUGUUUCGGCGACCACGGCCUCUCUGGCACCUUGAGCAUUUUGAUUCAGCUGCCCGAGGGCCCUGGGGCUCGCUGCUGCUCUUCUUUCGAACAAGGUCUCUUAAUGCGGCGUUUGUAGGAUGCAUAGUCAUCGUACUAUCAAUCGGCAUCGGGCCUUUUUCGCAGCAAGCUGUCAAGUCUGUAUCGUGUGAGCGGCCUCUAGCGGGAGCAGAAGCAUCCAUCAGGGUUUCCCAGUGGAUGUACUCCUCGAAAAAAAGUCAAGGCAUCGAGGGCACCUGGUUAUUGGACUUGGACUUAGACACCAAGGUUGCCAUCUUGGAUGGACUUGUGAAUUCCAACACGACUCGGUCUGAUAUCACGCCGAGCUGCACUACUGGCAACUCAUCAAUACUCAACGUCAGCAUUAUCACCUUUACGAAUAACGGCUGUGAGCGUUUGGGACAAGAAGGUGGCUCGAAAUCCCAGCGGUGCCCAGGAGCCGAUGCAAACUGGACCCUUCCAAUCAUGAACUUCCUAAACGCCGUGGCGGCAACAUGCUCAUUCUAUCCAUGCAUCCGCGACUAUGCAGGAACUGUCCGCGACACCAUCUUCACCGAGACAGUCAUAAACGAAACGCCAAUAAAACCAGCAAGAUCCUCUAUGGAAAACCGCAUUUACGACUUCAAGGACCUGCACGACCCCUGUAUCAUUGACGACCAAACAUACACACGCGAUAACAUAUCCUCCGUACCAAUCCAGGGCAACAACUUUACCACCUACAAUCUCUACAGCACCAACACAACCUUCCCAACAGCCUGCAUCUAUGGCACUGAUGGCAUCUACGCAAUGAGUCUCGGAACGUUCAUGAAAUCCCUCAUGAACGGAAACUGCACCACCAUUCCAGAACUUGACGCCGAGUUUUAUAAAAACGACUACAAAACCCUGAAGUGCGACCCCUGGCAGCUCGAGACACUGGUAAACAAUGGCCUCGCCAGCUUCGACGCCAUCGAUCGCAACAUGCAAUCCGUCGCGACGGCCGUUACGAGCGAGAUGCGUAGAAAGGGGUCUUACUAUGAUCCCCAGUCUUACAGUGCUCCGCCUACAUUCGCUACAGGAACUGUUCUUCGCACGACAAGUUGCACAAAGUUCGAUUGGGUGUGGUUGAGUUUCCCACUUGCAUUAAUCAUCUUAACCAUACUUUUGUUGUGCAUUACGUGCGGCAAGAUGCUGUUUGAUAAGUCCAGGGUUCCAGUAUGGAAGUCAUCGAUUUUGCCGUUGUUGCUCGCGGGUCAUCGACUGAGAGAUGUAGCUGCCGCGAAGCAUAUGGAUGAUAUGAAGGCGAAUACGGAACCGCUGGUUGUGAGCCUUGUGCAGGAUGAGAGAGGAUGGGUUCAUACCUGGAUUUUAGUACAUAGUCUUUAG